ACGGUGGCGGCGUGCAUUCGCCUAUGUGACACAAUUACAACAACUUUGAGCUGGUGUGGGGGGAAGUUUACUAUAUUACCAAAUAACGCCCUAUCAUAAAAACCGGCAUCAACUCUACUCCUUGCAUUAUUUGGCAAAUACAUACAUGUAGUAUUUUGUGUACAAUCAUGCGAUAAGGCUGUUUUUGGACGGGUCUUGUUUUCCUUCAGGAUUUGGCAAUCACUCGGCUGAGCGAGCAACGUUUUCAGUCCUACCUACGGUGGUGUACUUUCGUUCUUAUAUUUUGGUGGAGUUUUGUCGCCCGCUUCCCUGUUCCUUUUCUAUGAAAUUGUGCGGAGUGUCGCUCGACGCGGCUGCUGCUCGAAGUCUCGGCGCUGCUGGUGAUGAGGAAAAGAAAAUGGCGGCGGGAAAAGCGAAUGAAAUCGAAUUGGACUUUCUGAAGCUAACAGCGCAGGAGAGAGAGAGCUUGGUCGAAAUUGACAGUUCACUAUUUGGAUUUCAGAGGCUUCAUGAAGAUGGCGCCAGAACGAAGGCCUUGCUGUUAAAGGCUGUAAGCUGCUAUGACUCUGCCAUCCUGAAGUCAGAAGGGAAAGUAGAGCCAGAGAUGUUCUGCCAGCUGGGCCACUUCAAUCUUCUCCUGGAGGACUAUCCAAAAGCAUUAUCUGCAUAUCAGAGGUACUACAGUUUACAAACGGAUUACUGGAAGAAUGCUGCCUUUUUAUAUGGCCUUGGUCUGGUCUACUUCCAUUACAACACAUUUCACUGGUCAGUGCAGACCUCCUCCUCAGAGGCCCAGGCAGGACAGAGAAGGGCGAUACAAGCAUUUCAGGAUGGGCUCUAUAUUGACCCCAGUUUCUCCCGAGCCACAGAGAUCCACAUGAGACUGGGCCUCAUGUUUAAAGGCAACACCAAUUACAAAUCCAGUCUGAAGCAUUUUCAGCUGGCUUUGAUUGACUCCAACCCCUGCACUUUGUCCAAAGCUGAAAUUCAGUUCCACAUCGCUCAUUUAUAUGAGAUUCAGAAGAAAUUCAGAACAGCAAAAGAAGCGUAUGAGAAUUUACUCCAGACAGAGAAUCUUCCUGCACAGGUGAAGGCUGCUACACUGCAGCAACUAGGCUGGAUGCAUCACACAGUGGAGCGGUUAGGGGACCCAGGCUCCAAGGACAGCUAUGCCAUCCAGUGUCUACAGAAGUCACUAGAAGCAGACCCCAACUCUGGACAGUCCUGGUACUUCCUCGGCAGGUGCUACUCCAGUAUUGGGAAAGUCCAGGAUGCCUUCAUCUCCUACAGACAGUCCAUUGACAAGUCUGAGGCCAGCGCUGACACCUGGUGCUCCAUAGGUGUUCUGUACCAGCAGCAGAACCAGCCUAUGGAUGCUCUGCAGGCGUACAUCUGUGCAGUGCAGCUGGACCACAGUCAUGCGGCUGCCUGGAUGGACCUGGGCACGCUCUACGAGUCCUGCGGGCAGCCGCACGACGCAAUCAAGUGUUACAUCAACGCCACGCGCAGCAAGGCCUGCACCAACACCGCUGCCCUCAUACACCGCAUUAAGCUGCUCCAGGCAUGUAAGCCCCACCAGGGAGGUGAGGGAGUUCAGGUACAGACACAGGUCUCUCCCCAUCCCAGCCACACUGACAGUCAGGCCAGCCCUGCCAAGAGGAAACGCACCACCAGCCCAGCUAAGAGUGGUGUCGACUUGUGGACAAACGACCCGGUACAACAGCAGAUCCCCAGCUGGUACCUAACGCCACAGAGACUACAGCUCCUGGAUCAGCUCCGGACCAACCGGACCAGUCUGAAACCACCACAGGUACAGAUGCUGGAUCAGCUGGAAAACCAGUUCUUCCUCAUGCAGCAGCAUCAACAGCAGGUGAAACAGCAGGCAGCAGGCCAGUUGUGGCCCACACAACCCAACGGCCCCUCGCUAUCCCCAAACUCCCUCCCCUCACCUCACCCCCUCUCCCGGACUUCAUCUGUCAGUCACACCACAGCCCACCCUCCCUGCACUCCUCAGCCAAUGGCCAACGGACCUUUAUCUUUAAGUCACCUGGGACAGCUGGGUAAUCAGGAGGCGGGGACCAUGGGCAAUAAUCACACUCCCGAUUUACCGGGUGCAGGGACUUUACCGGGGGGUCUAACGGAAAGUGGCAGGAGUAACAGAAACGUGCCUUACCUGCAGCAGAACUGUCUACCUCACAACUGCACAGCCGCUAGUGAUACCAGUACCCCUACCAGCAACAACACUAGUAGUACCAAUACCCCCACCAGCAACACCACCAGUCACCGCAGUAACAGUACCAGUAAUGCAGAGGAGGCCUGGAAGAGCCAGCAACACACCAACUCCCCUGAGGGGCUUCACAAAGGUCCAGGUUCAUAUUCGGCAGGUCCCAAUGGAGAACACCCUUCCUCCCCCUCCCAUCCCACCCAGGCAGCUGGCCCUGGUGCUCAAAGUCUAAAUCAGGUCGGACAUUCCACCGGGCCCUGCCCUGCCUCCUCUUCCUCCUCCUGUUCCUCCCUCUCCUCCUUCUCCUCUUCGCCACAGAGGGGCGGUGCCCCCAACUAUCUCCCCUCCUCUCCCCUCUCCUCCACCACCACUACCUCAGGGGCCCAAACCAAAGAGACCACGCCUUUAGGAAGCAGCAGCGGAUUGGCUACCCAUGCAGGGACACUGCGCAGUCCCAGUCCCAGUCUCACUGCCCUUACACAUGGAUUGGCUAAUCACAUCCAGCAGGGGGCGGUGACCACCACGUACAGCUCGGGGAGCCAAUCCCAGCCCGGCUCUCCUCCUCCGGGCGCGCUCAGUUCAGACGACCCUCAGCUCUCAGCCUUGCUCAGAGGAAAGGACAAUAAUAAGGAUGAUGAAAACCACGAUAGUAAUAAUAAUCAUCAUCGUGGCGUUAAUCAAGGAGCCACCACGGACGAUAACAUCAAGGUCAACAACAUCCACCCGGGAGGUCCCAAACCCCUGUCGGAACACUCUGUGGCAUCCUCGCCCCUCUCAGCCAUGUCCGUCACCACCCCCUCCCCCCACCUCUCCACUACCCCCACAGCCACCAACCUCGCCAGCCUUAACAGCAGUUCGCCCAACAGCGGAACCACCGGUACCACCACUACCCCACAGGUCAAUGGUAAGGGGCUAGAGGACUCUCGCAGUCCAGUCAAGGUGGAUCCCACUGAGCUGUCUCACAGAAGGCCAGCCCUGGCCUCAUGGUCCUCAGUAUCCAUCUACCCCAGCUCAAACCAGGUGCUCAAAGCAUGCAGGAACCUGGGGAAGAAUGGCCUGUCCAGCAGCAGUAUCCUCCUUGAUCAGUGUCCCCCGCCCAGGCCCCCUGCCCCCUCACCCUCGCUGCCGAAGGACAAACUCAACCCCUCCACACCCAGUGUCUACCUGGAGAAUAAGAGAGAUGCCUUCUUCCCUCCGCUUCAUCAGUUCUGCACCAACCCCUCCAACCCUGUCACUGUCAUCAGAGGGCUGGCCGGGGCGCUCAAACUGGACCUGGGUCUGUUCUCUACUAAGACCCUGGUGGAGGCUAACCCAGACCACCUGGUGGAGGUGCGGACUCAGCUGUCUCAGCCCACUGAUGAGAACUGGGACCUGAGCGGCACCAGGAAGAUGUGGCGCUGCCAGAGCAGCCAGUCACACACCACCAUCGCCAAGUACGCCCAGUACCAGGCGUCGUCCUUCCAGGAUUCACUACGGGAGGAGAAGAAGAUGGAGCUGGAAGCAGAGGCAGCCAACGCAGAGAGUGUGGCGUGCCGGAAGAAAGGGCCCUUCAAACACAUCAAGUUUGGCACCAACAUCGACCUGUCUGACGAUAGGAAGUGGAAACUGCAUCUGCAGGAGCUCAGUAAGCUGCCAGCCUUUGCCAGGGUGGUGUCUGCUGGAAACCUGCUCAGCCACGUAGGACACACCAUCCUGGGCAUGAACACUGUCCAGCUUUACAUGAAGGUCCCUGGGAGCAGGACGCCAGGUCACCAAGAGAACAACAACUUCUGUUCAGUGAACAUCAACAUCGGCCCGGGGGACUGUGAGUGGUUCUCUGUGCCCCAGCCUUACUGGGGAAUCAUCAACGACUUCUGUGAAAAGAACAACAUCAACUUCCUGAUGGGUUCAUGGUGGCCCAACCUGGAGGACCUGUACGAGGCAGAUGUCCCUGUCUACCGCUUCAUCCAGCGCCCCGGAGACCUGGUGUGGCUCAACACGGGCACCGUCCACUGGGUCCAGGCCAUCGGCUGGUGCAACAACAUCGCCUGGAACGUAGGACCCCUCACUGCGUACCAGUAUAAGCUGGCAGCAGAGCGAUAUGAAUGGAAUAAGCUGCAGAGCGUCAAGUCCAUUGUCCCCAUGAUACACCUCUCCUGGAACAUGGCCAGGAAUAUCAAAGUCUCCGACAGCAAGCUCUUCCAGAUGAUCAAGUACUGUCUGCUGCGGACAUUGAAGCAGUGUCAGAUGCUGCGGGAGCUACUGCAGGUGUCAGGCAAGGAGCUGGUGUGGCACGGCAGGACCAGAGACGAGCCCGCACAUUACUGCAGCAUCUGUGAGGUGGAGGUGUUUGCCCUACUGUUUGUAACCAGUGAGAGCAACAGCAGGAAGACGUACGUGGUGCACUGUCAGGACUGUGCCCGUAGGGGGAGCUCUAACCUGGACAACUUUGUGGUGCUGGAGCAGUACAAGAUGGACGACCUCACACAGGUCUACGACCAGUUCACACUCGCUCCUCCUUUGCCAUCAUCCUCUUGACGGUAACAUUCUGUUGUUCUGAGGACAAUAAGAAUCCAUGCUGUACUCCCAGAACCCACCGGAAGACCCUUUUCUGAUAUUCAGGAAGUGAGCCAGCAGUCCUCUUCUGCUUUCUGUAGAUAUUCCACAAGGCAGCUGGGUGAAAAGCUGUGUGUCUAUGCAACCUGCCCAGAGUGGAGGUGAGGUGUCUCCUCCUAGAGGACUGGAGGGGGAGGGCAUUACUCCUGCCUUCUCCACCAGUCGUGGUGGAAAAAGUACCCCAUUGUCAUACUUGAGUAGAGAUGACCUGCCAUUUAAAGGAGUUUUAUACACAUCCCUUCCUAUGUUUUCUAUACGAAUAAAACUUUUCCAGAGA